AGAUAUAUAUAGAUAAAAUCUGGUAAGAGAGAUAAAUUCAUCCUCAUUCCUGCUCUUCCUCCUUCUUUCUCCAGAAUCACCACCACCGCCAUCGCCACCGCCGCCGCCUUCGUCAACCAUCGUCAUCCUCAGCUCCUCCAGCUCAACCAACCCCAAAAGCUGAUUCCUUUUUCCCAUAUCAAUAAUCUCAUCAAUUCUUCAUUUCUAGGGUUUCUGAAUCUGAGAAAUCAGACCCAAAGGCGAAUCGCACCCCAAAGACCUUACCUUUUCGCUUAUAUUCGUAAAGGGUAGUUAGCUAUGGACGGUGAUUCCUGGAGCGCCCGUCUUUCUUCUGCCUCUCGGCGUUAUCAAUCCGCUCUUCAAUCUCGAUCUGAUAUGUUCAUGGGGUUUGAAGAAAUUGAUGGGGAUGAUGAUAUAAGGGAGGAAUUUCCAUGCCCGUUCUGCUCCGAAUACUUUGACAUUGUCGGAUUGUGCUGCCACAUUGAUGAAGAGCACCCAGUGGAGGCAAAAAAUGGGGUAUGUCCGGUUUGUGCAAUGAGGGUGGGGGUUGAUAUGGUUGCGCACAUUACCCUACAACAUGGAAGUAUAUUCAAGAUGCAACGCAAGAGGAAGACAAGGAAAAGUGGAGCUCAUUCAACUCUAUCUUUGUUGAGGAAAGAGCUGCGGGAAGGAAAUUUGCAGUCUCUUUUUGGGAACUCUUCCUGUUUACUUUCCUCCUCCAAUGCAGCGCCUGAUCCAUUGUUGUCACAAUUUAUUUUGCCUAUGGCAGAUGAUUUUGUUAGCAUGCCACCCUUCUCAACUGAAACAAGCUCAGCCAAGAAAAGUUCAGUUGAGAAAGUAUCAGAACGAAAUGUGCAGUCGCCUCCUCUGUCCAUCAAGGAUAAGGAAGAGAAGACGAAAAGGUGUGCGUUUGUUCAGGGGAUGUUGUUGUCCACCGUUCUUGACGACGGUUUAUGAAUUUCCUCAUGGCGCCGCCGCUGGAGUGAACGUUUUCACAACCGAGAGCGAAGUCCGUUGCAUUCUGUGGUUGGUUUGUAGCUGAGGGUAUUUCCCAAUGGUUAUUGAGCACAAGGAGUGUGUGGAAUAAGUUGUAGGAGUUUCAGUGUAAUUAUGUUGGCAUGUGAACUUUAGUUUUAUAGGCCUCAACAGAACUCUCGUCAAUUGUCGUUUUCAGGUCGUUUUUUAGUUCUUUUUUAAAGGGAAAGAAAAGAAAAGAAAAUAACUACUUUUCCUUCAAUGCUUCUCUCUCAAAACCCCUUUAAGCAUUUUGUACGGAUCUUUGUUCUUCCACAGCAAAUCUGAGUUAGGUCAGUCGGUCAAGGUA